ACGUUAGUCUCACUCGCUGGACUGGGUAUAUUCUAUGUUGUAAAAAGAACACGAUUUGAAUACCACUGACUGGCUUUCUUGAAGGAGAUUCGGUGUGUCACGUCAUUAUGCUGAAAAUGAGGAACAGCAUUGCGUUGGUUCCAGCUACCGCACUCCUGUCAGCAGUUCCUCUGUCCUGCCAAAAGAAAAGGGCUAUGGGACGAGAAGCAAGAACUGCAGGUGUACAAGACUGAGUCAUAUGGGACGGUGGUGAAAUAGCACGAAACUCCCAUCUUCUUACAUCCGCAGGGACGCUAACUUCGCACAGACAAUUUAAAAUCGUAAAACAUUUGACUGUUGGCGUUAAAAUGAUCUGACAUCCAUGUUUUGCCUAAAGCUUCCUGGGCAGCUGCCAGUGAAGGCACUGAUAGUGACCUGUGUGGUCUUCACCUUCACACCACCUGGGAUAUCCUACCCAGCUGAUGCAGACAAGGGAAGAACCAGGGUGGUCCAUGUGCUGGAGGAUGAGAGUGGCGCAGUGAUCGUGCAGACGGCUCCAGGGAAGGUGGUGACGCAUCGAGGCGGCUCCAUCACGCUGCCCUGCCGGUACCACCACGAGCCCGAAAACACCGACCCGGCCCGCUCCCGCAUCAAGUGGACCAAGGUGACAGACGCGCUGCAGUUCGAAGAUGUGUUUGUGUCUAUGGGUCGACGGCAGAGGGUGUUUGGCUCAUACCAAGACCGCGUCUCUCUGGAGCUGGCGGGGCCCGGGGACGCCUCCAUCAUAAUCCACAACGUCACGCUGCAGGACUACGGCCGCUAUGAGUGCGAGGUCACCAAUGACAUGGAGGACGACACAGGGUUUGUUAACCUCGACCUUGAAGGCGUUGUGUUCCCGUACUACCCCAAGAUGGGCCGCUACAGGCUGAACUACCAUCAGGCUGAGGAGGUGUGUCAGGAGCAGGACGCCAUCCUGGCCUCCCACGCACAGCUCCAUAAGGCCUUUUUGGACGGGCUGGAGUGGUGCAAUGCUGGUUGGCUGGACGACGGCUCUGUGCAGUACCCAAUAGUCCACCCCCGGGACCAGUGCGGCCGCAAAGACUCCCCCCCCGGGGUGCGCAACUACGGCUACAGACACAAAGAUGAUGAGCGCUACGAUGCUUUCUGUUUCACUUCCAAACUCAAUGGGCGAGUUUACUUCCUGAAACGCUUCAAGAAGAUCAACUACUUGGAGGCAGUGAAGGCAUGCCAGCGGGACGGCGCGGCGGUGGCCAAGGUGGGCCAGCUCUACUCCGCCUGGAAGUUCCAGUUGCUGGACCGCUGUGAAGCCGGCUGGCUAGAGGACGGCAGCAUCCGCUACCCCAUCGUCAACCCCCGGGCGCGAUGUGGGGGGUCGGAUCCCGGCGUGCGCAAUCUUGGCUUCCCCGACAAGAAGUUCCGCCUCUACGGGGUGUACUGUUUCCGCAGGAACGACGAGAGAAAUGAUAUUGAGCCGACCACAAAAGGGGUGAAGAUGAGCAACAAGCCCACCAAUGCCACCAGAGCCGUUUAAGAGUGAAUCACAAUGUUGCAUGAGACUACAUGGCUUUUAAAAUGUUCCCGAAGGCAACUGACCAAGCUGAUGUAUAUCCUUGCUGACAGCUUACACUUAAGCACUGCUGGCUUAAAGUACUGCUUAAAGUAGAUUCAGUACUUUCCUCAUUUCGCCAAAAAAAGAUUUCAGUGCUUCAGACGCAAACAGGUUACAGCUUUAGCCGCCUAUACCUACUCUGGCACACACUUCAGAUGACAGGCUAUUUAAUUGAGAUAUUUUUUUUUUCUCCCGCUCAUGGAGAGAGGAGGAUGUUUGUGCUUGGUGUUUUGUUUAGUUGUG